AUGCGCGUUUUCUUAGCCUACCGUCAAGACGCUGAUGGAGAGUGUAAAUCACUUGCAGUGGUGCGACACCUAUCGGAGUUGGUCGGCACGGAAAGGGAUGUCGACUGGACGUCAGGACGCAGUCAUCGAUACCUCAUCAAGGAAGACGGGUUUCCAAUCGGUCUCCACAACACAUCGGUGUACGCUAAGACAAAGUCAAAGCUUGAGUAUCGAAACCACAUCGAGAGUGUUUACUACAUCGCAGGGAAGGCGACCUAUCACUGGGCCGAUACCAAUGGCAAAUGGGUCAAAGAAGAAACCAAGAUUGACAAAGACAACGGUACCACCUUCUUUAUGAAUCUGAAUGACCCUCACUUGGUGGAGAUCGACGAUAAAGAGUCUUGUUGCCUAUGUAUCUUUGAUCCCGUUUUGGGCGGGAAAGAAACACAUGAUUUGAGCCAGGAAAAGUUCUCUAUUUACGAAGCUUGAGAAAGGGAUGAUGGCCCUUUUCGAAACCACGACUUCGGCACAAGGUUCGGCUCGGGCUAGCUUGGCCCCGCGGUUGUUUUGACAAUUGUUUGUGCUUUGCCAACGUUCAGACGAAUGGAUGGAACCUGAAGCCGAAUUCAAAGCCGGGCAGCCGUGGAUUCGAAAUGAGUCUAUGUCCCGAUUAAUUUAAAAAAGGGGCACCCUAUCAGAAAAUUUUACUUU